UGUCCCUGCCGAGUGGACCUGCAAGGCAAAUGGAGAUUGAAAAGGACAUGGAGCAACGGUUUAAAACAACAAUUGACAACCUGGUCGCGGAGUGGGACGAGAAACUGUCCAAGGACGAGGACUGGGCCGACAAGGACAGAAGCGCCAAGAUCAGAGAGAUCUUCGUGAGAGAGAUUUGGAGUCAAGUCAAGGGCGGUUACGACAAGAUGCUGCAAGACCUUAAGGCGCAUUUCAAGGCCCGUCUCGAAGCAAAGGACAUCGCUGCCGACUUGUCUGCGAGGGUCAAAGACGUUGGCUCGAUCAAGACCACCCUUGAGCGUCGGGAAAAGACCAAGCUUUUCGCAAGCAUCAACGACGUCUUCAUCGAGAUGCACGACCUUGUGGGGCUCCGGAUCGUGCCACACACUUCCGAAUCCCGAAAAGAAGUUCAGGACUUUAUCGGCAAAGAGUUCCAUCAGCUGAAGCCAACAGCGCACAUCUCGUCGGACCGCAAGGUCGGCGAAUUCUGGGACGUGCGCUUCGGAGCUUACGAGUCUAACAAUCACCGAGUCGGUAUCAACCUAGAGCAUGGCGCAUACGGUGGAAGUUUGUCAUCCUACGAGGGUGUCAUGUUCGAAAUCCAGGUGGCAUCCUUAGCCGACGUACUCGGCAACAUCCUCGCGCACCCGCUCCAAUACAAAACGAAGCACGGCCGGCUCGACAAGCGAACGGAACAAACGCUGGACCUUUUGAAAGGAACCUUCAAAUUCCUCGACGUGCACCUCGAGCAGUUCCUCGACGCGUACAAUGCUAUGCUCGAGGCGAAGGCGACCGAGGCCGAGUUUGGUUCGGACUUCGGGCGAGCUAUGACCAAAGCAGCCAAAGCUGCUGCCUUAAGUGACUUGGACAAGAUGAGGGCAGAUGUGGCAGCGGCUGUCACGGAAGCUCUCGAGGAGCGUAUGCACCAUUUGGCGGACGGAGUACCAGACACGCCUUCCCGUGCCCCUGAAUACUGGAGACGUCAUAUAAAAGAGCAGAGCGACCAGUUGAAGGAAUUUCUGCGCAAGUUCCAACAGCAACAAGACCGUCAAUGCCUGGAAAAGCUUCCAGUGGCAAAAGGCGCUGCAUUCGAUGCCCAGGCGAACGAACACGACCCUAGCUGCCACCCCGACACCCGCGUGGACCUUCUCGCCGACAUUCACAAAUGGAUCGAGGAUCCCAACGGAAAAUGCAUUUUCUGGCUGCGUGGCAUGGCCGGCACCGGCAAGUCGACCAUCUCUCGAACGGUGGCCAAAAAGCUUUCUACGGCAAAAGUGCCCAAUGCGAGCUUCUUCUUCAAAAAAGGCGACGGCGACCGCGGCAGCGCGGCCAAAUUCUUCACCACCAUACUCGCCCAGCUCGUCCGCCGAGUGCCGAUCUUGGCAUCACAUGUCCAAAGCGUAAUCGAAAACGAUCCGGCCAUCGUCGACAAAAACAAGAAAGAGCAAUUCGAGAAGAUCAUCCUGGGGCCACUGAACAAGUGCAAGGUUGCUAGCUCCCCGCUGCUUGCUGUGGUGGUGGAUGCUCUUGACGAAUGUGAUCGAGAAGAGGAUGCGAAGGUUCUUGUAUAUCUUUUUUCGAAAGCUAGGGAGGUCGCGUCAUUCCGUCUCCGAUUCUUCGUCACCAGCAGACCCGAAUUGCCCAUCCGCCUUGGCUUUAAAGAAAUCGGCGACAACUACCAGAACCUGGCCCUCCAUGAAGUGCCUAAGCCCGACAUAAAAAGGGACAUUUCCACGUUUUUACGCUCAGAACUAGACCGCAUCCGUCAGGAUUUCAAUAAAACCGUACCAGGACCAGGUUUGCCAUCUGAUUGGCCCCCACCAGCCUGUUUUAAGGAUCUCGUCAACAUGGCUGUACCGCUUUUCAUCUUCGCAUCAACCGCUUGCCGCUUCAUUGCCGAUAUCCACCACGGCAAUCCUAUGGAGCAGCUAGACAGAAUUCUCGAGUACAAGACAAAGGGAGGACGGUUUCAAUUGCACGCGACAUACCUGCCAAUUCUAAACCAGCUUUUUUUCAAGCGCACGGAUACAGGGCUGGAUAGACGUACAGGGGAAAAAGAAGCCCAAAUCGUUGCGUGGUUUCGCGAUAUCGUUGGAACUAUCGUACUACUUGCCGACCCUCUCCCUUCCGCAUCGCUGGCACUUAUCCUCGGCAGAACUCAGCACGACGUGGACUCGAAGCUGUGCACAUUGCAUUCUGUCCUUGAUAUUUCGGAUGAUCCCCUCGUCCCUGUCAAACUGCUCCACUUGUCCUUUCGCGACUUUCUCGUUGACCAAGAGAAUCGCGAUGCGAAUCCCUUCUGGGUUGACGCGCAAAGGACCCAUGAGCAGCUGGCAGACCGCUGCCUCAAACUGCUGUCAACUGGCGACACCCUCAAAAGAAACGUUUGCGAUUUGCGCCAUCCCGGCACACUCCGGUCCGAGAUCAGCCUACAUACUAUCAAUACUGCCUUGCCGCCUGAAGUUCAGUAUGCCUGCCGAUACUGGGUCCAUCAUUGGAAGGAGAGCAGACGGCAGAUAGGAGAUGGUGAUCCGGUUCACCUCUUUCUAACCGAUCGUCUCCUGUACUGGCUUGAAGUUUUGGGUUUAACAGGGCGAAUCUUGGAAAGCUUCGACAUGGCAAACUGUCUGCUGGAUAUGCUCCAGCGUUUUCUUUUAGCGAAUGCUACUGUUGUCGAUGCAUCACCUCUCCAAAUCUACUACUCGGCCCUAGUGUUUGCACCAAAAAAAAGCAUAGUUCGGGAACUAUGGCGUAAAGAAUUUCCGAAUUGCAUUUCAUUCCUGUCACCAGUGGAUUUGGAUUGGAAUGUGUGCCAAACGCUCGACGGGCACAGCGGCUGGGUCAACUCUGUCGCGUUCUCGCCCGACGGCCAAAGGCUCGCGUCGGCCUCUCACGACGAGACCGUCAAGCUCUGGGACGCGGCGACGGGCGCGUGUCUGCAAACGCUCAAAGGGCACAGCAGCUCGGUCAGCUCUGUCGCGUUCUCGCCCGACCGCCAAAGGCUCGCGUCGGCCUUUCGGGACAAGACCGUCAAGCUCUGGGACGCGGCGACGGGCGCGUGCCUGCAAACGCUCGAGGGGCACAGCAGCUCGGUCAGCUCUAUCGCGUUCUCGCCCAACCGCCAGAGGCUCGCGUCGGCCUCUUACGACGAGACCGUUAAGCUUUGGGACGCGGCGACGGGCGCGUGUCUGCAAACGCUCGAGGGGCACAGCAGCUCGGUCAGCUCUGUCGCGUUCUCGCCCGACGGCCAGAGGCUCGCGUCGGCCUCUUCGGACGAGACCGUCAAGCUUUGGGACGCGGCGACGGGUGCGUGCAUAACGACGCUCGAUGGGUCAACUUCCACUUUAUCAUUUGAUGACACAGGCUCGUACCUCCAAACAGAUUUUGGGACUAAAUUGCUACAAAAGCAACCAGCUGCUGGUCCAGCAGCGGUUCAAGCUCAUUUGCAGCACCAAGAUUUUGAGGGUAUUGGCAUCAGUGCGGAUAAAGCAUGGAUCACCUGGAAUGGAAAGCACUUUUUGUGGCUGCCUACUGAAUACCGUGGGCAGUAUACAGCCAUAGCAGGAUUGACAAUAGCUUUAGGCUGUUCAUCCGGGCGGGUGUUGUUCUUCCAGUGGUCAGGAGCCACUUGA